CUGAUACAGCGGAGGUGGAGAUUUCCAAUCCCACCCAGUCACAUUGAGAAAGGAGGAUUUGGUAAGGCUUCCCCAGGAGAAGCCACACUGAGGAAAUUCUCAGCAGCAGCCUGAACUACACUUGGAGUGGGUUUGCAGUCUCCUAUGCACGGAAUUGGGGGCAGAAGCAGCUGCAUAUUCCCCGGGUGAGAGCCUAGAGGGAGCUUCAUGGUGAAGAAGUGAGAAGGAUCACACUGAAACAUUGAAAGAAGUAUUUCAUUGAUUGUGCCUGCCAUUCAAGACUUUAGGAUGGAAGCCUUUUGUUUAAGAGUCUCCUUGCUACUGCUUGUCGCUGGAUGUGGCCUCAGCGACAGUUCUGACAGAUAUUACACCAAUCUGAGUGAUUCUGGAAACUAUUUGACCACCUACUCUGGACUAGAGCCCAGCUUACUCCUUACUACUAUCCGACCCAUGGUACCCAACAAAACAGACUAUUGCUCCGAACCGGCCAAAAUUGCUGACACUUUCAAAUACAUUAACACAGUGAUAUCUUGUAUUAUUUUCAUCGUUGGAUUGGUUGGGAAUGCAACUUUGCUGAGGAUCAUUUACCAGAACAAGUGUAUGAGGAAUGGCCCCAAUGCGCUGAUAGCUAGCCUGGCACUCGGAGAUCUUAUCUAUAUUGUCAUUGAUAUUCCUAUCAAUGUAUAUAAGCUUCAUGCUCAGCGGUGGCCAUUUGAGGAUUCUGAUUUCGGGCUGUUUCUUUGCAAAUUCCUCCCCUUUAUACAGAAGGCAUCAGUGGGCAUCACAGUCCUCAAUCUCUGUGCCCUUAGUGUGGACAGGUACAGAGCAGUUGCCUCCUGGAGUCGUGUUCAGGGAAUUGGUAUCCCCAUGAUCACUGCUAUUGAAAUUUUCUCCAUUUGGAUUCUCUCCUUUAUACUGGCUAUUCCAGAAGCAAUCGGUUUUGUCAUGAUAUCUUUCAAAUACAAAGAUGAAAAUCAUAUUACCUGCAUGCUCAAUGCUACAAACAAGUUUAUGAUGUUUUACAAAAACGCAAAGGAUUGGUGGCUGUUUGGAUUUUAUUUCUGUGUGCCACUAGCAUGUACUGCUGUCUUUUACACACUAAUGACUUGUGAAAUGUUAAACAGAAGGAACAGCAAUUUGAGAAUUGCCCUCAGCGAACAUCUUAAGCAGCGUCGAGAAGUUGCAAAGACAGUUUUCUGUCUGGUAGUGAUUUUUGCCCUUUGCUGGUUUCCUCUCCAUUUGAGCCGAAUUUUGAAGAAAAUGGUAUACAAUGAAAGGGACCCUAACAGAUGUGAACUGCUCAGUUUCUUGUUGCCACUGGAUUACAUCAGCAUUAACCUGGCAACCAUGAACUCUUGUAUAAACCCCAUAGCUCUCUAUUUUGUGAGCAAGAAGUUUAAAAACUGUUUCCAGUCAUGUCUCUGCUGUUGCUGCUACCAAUCCAAAAGUCUAGUGACUUCAGUGCCAAUGAAUGGAACAAGCAUUCAGUGGAAAAACCAUGAACUAAAUAACCACAAUACAGAUCGAAGCAGCCAUAAGGACAGCAUAAACUGAGACUGAAGGACACUGAGGCCACUUCAGAAUCCAGGAGGAAAAAAUGUCACAUGAAAGCUGUUUAAGAGGGAAUCCACUGAGUAUUCCACAAAAUAUAAUCCAUUCAGAA